AUGGCUAGGAUCCAAAGAAAACUCUUCCCAACAGAAACUACCUCAAACCAAACUUCAGAUUGUUAUGGCUUUUGUGAUCCUUUAUGUCCUUCAAAUUGUUAUACUAACACAAAUUACUAUUUCACACCCCCACCCUUUGAUCAUACUACACAAACACAAGUUAACCACAUUGGCUCCUACUUCAUCAUCCUCAUUUUAUUAUUCUCAUUAAUUUUUACCAUCAUUGUUUUCUAUUUUAUCAAAGUGAAAUGCUAUAAUGAAAUGUGUGGUUGGAGAAUCAAUAACUCGGCUCGCUCUCAAGACGUUAACAACGAAGAGCUUCUCAAUGAAAAUCGUGACCACAAUCACGAUCACAAUCACCCCGUGUGGCUCAUCGCUACGGUUGGUUUGCAACAAUCAAUUAUAAAUUCGAUUACGGUUUGCAAGUAUAGAAAAAAUGAAGGGCUAAUCGAAGGAACCGAGUGUUCGGUUUGUUUGAAUGAAUUUCAUGAAGAUGAAACGUUGAGACUAUUGCCAAAGUGUAGCCAUGCUUUUCACAUUUCUUGUAUUGAUACUUGGUUGAGAUCUCAUAUUAAUUGUCCUCUUUGUCGAGCCAGUAUUGUUUCCAACAACGUUACUCCUGAAGUAACGUUGUUGAAUUCCGAGCAAGAAAAUAACAACUUGGGAAGAAAUCAAAAUACUCAAAUGGAGAGUCCAAGGACUGAUCAAGAGAAUGAUUUAAACAACAAUAUUGUUAUUAAUGUUGCAUUUGAAAACAUAAUUGGAGAAUUAAGUGAUGAAUCAUCUGAAUCUAGAAGAUAUCAUCAAGUUAUUGAGAAAAAGAUGAACAAGGUUAGUGUUUGGAAGGUUAUUACUAAAAAAAGUAGCAAAACUAUGCGUCGAUGUUCGAUUGAAGAGUGUUUGCAUGUAAGGCCGGUGGCUAUGAAAAGGUCUUUAAAUCUACAAGGAAGGAAGAGGUUAAAAAAGAGAUAUGCGACUACAAUUUGA